AUGGCUGUAUUCCAACGGAAUCAAAUUGGUAUCAAAGAUGUUGGUCAAACAGUGAACGUUCCAGAUAAUGACAUAGCUAGGUUGAUGUAUUAUUUUAGUUGCACAUGCAGUGCCAUCGAAUGUAACAUGACUCCACAAAUGCGUCGAUUAGCUAAUUAUCGUAAUUGGAGAUAUUUAGAUGCUGAUGAUGUUCGACAACUGAUCGGUAUUUGUUAUGUUUUCAGUCCAGAUGUCCUUAACAACAAAGUAUUCUUCCAUAAUCCUGGAUUAUGUGGAAAUAGUUCUAAUAAAUUCUACGAAAUAAGUCAAGUUCGUAAUCAGCUACUUGCCGUUUCUUCAAUCUUAAUUGCUGGACAAAGUCGCCGAGUCAAUAGUAUUAUGGUAUAUACAAUGUCAUGGAUGAAGAAAAAUUAUACUGAUCCAAUGGUACGCAUUGCACGAUUUCUUAGUAAUUAA